AUGAAACCCUUGAGAAAUUUUGGGGUUCUCUUCUUAAUCCUUGCCGUGGAAAUUGUUGGAAUCAAAGCGUACGGAUUGAAAAAUGGCACUGCUCAUAGUCAAGUCAACGCCACUUUGGUAACUCUCUCCCAUCAAGGUAAAAACAAAGAGUUAAAUGGAAAGCACAUUAAUGGUUCCUUCAAUGAAGUUGUGUACAACACAAGCAAAGGUACUUGGUAUUAUAGAGGUGGUGGUGGUGGAGGAGGAGGAGGAGGAAGAGGAGGGUUUAGAUGGGGGUGGGGUGGAGGAGGAGGUGGUGGAGGGGGUGGUGGUGGAGGUGGUAGUGGGUGGGGAUGGGGCGGAGGAGGGGGUGGUUGGUGGAAAUGGGGGUGUAGAGGGGAACCAAGAAGUCAUGGUAAAGGGAAGCAUGUAGUGAGGGGUGCAAAGCACUAUCACACCUCAAAGGAAGACUAUAGUUUGGGUGAGUUUGCACAAUGCAUGGCAAGAACAAGGUGUCGAGGCAUGAGGUUGAACUGUCCUCUUCAUUGUGGAGGACCUUGUUUCUAUGAUUGUCACCAUAUGUGCAAGGCUCAUUGUCGCCGACCCUGA